AUGCCUGCUGCAACCAACGACAACACCUCAGCCCUCUGCUCCCUCCCUUCCUUCCUUUCUCAAACUUACGACUACAUAGUCAUCGGCGGCGGAACAGCCGGCCUCUGCGUCGCCGCCCGGCUGACCGAAAACCCUGACGUCGUUGUCGGUGUCCUCGAAGCAGGUGCAAACCGCAUGGAAGAUCCUCAAGUCUACACACCAAGUCUAUACCCUACGUUAAUUGGACGCGAAAAGUAUGACUGGUGUUAUGAGAGUGUGCCGCAAGCUGGCUGUGGAGGGAAGGUCAUGUCGCAGCCUAGAGGAAAGGUUUUGGGAGGUUCGAGUGCGAUUAAUUAUUUAAUGUAUGUGAGGGGGAGCAAGGAAGAUUAUGCUGCUUGGGAAUCUCUGGGUAAUAAAGGUUGGGGCUGGGAAGUAGGACUUGCUCCGUACUUCAAGAAGAGUCAGACUUAUGAUCCGCCCAAGAAAGAACACCCAAACAAGCAGUUCAUGCCUAUUGCGGCCAAAGACCAGUACCAUGGCAGUAGCGGUCCCAUUCACACAUCGUUCAAUGAUUACUGGGAGCCAUUCGAAGAAGACUUCUGCAAAGCUGCAUACGAAGUCGGUGGACAAGAAAGUUCUCUCGUCGAUGCAUGGUCUGGUGACCACUUCGGCUUCUACAGCUCCCUAGCAGCCGUAGACCGAACCAACGACAAAGGAAGGAGAAGUUAUGCCGCUACUGGUUACCUGCGACCAAACCUCUCUCGACCCAACCUCAAGGUCUUGACUGAGGCUUUAGCGACUAAAGUCUUGCUUGACGGCACCACUGUGACAGGUGUAGAGUUCAUGCACGGCGGUCAGAAACACUCCAUCAAAGCAUCCAGAGAAGUCAUUCUGUCUGGUGGAACCAUAAACAGCCCACAGCUGCUUGAGCUCUCAGGUAUCGGCGAUCCUGAGGUGCUGAAGGCAGCUGGCGUGGAGUGUCUUGUCGAGAACAAGCGCGUCGGUUGCAACUUCCAGGACCACGUCCUGGGUGGUAUGCUCUACGACCUCAAAGAGGGCCUGACAUCUCUAGACUCUCUUCACGAUUCAGAAUACCAAAAGGCUAUGGAGAAGGUAUACCAAGAAACUGGCGAGGGACCUUAUGGUAGCCCUGGCAUGCUAAUGGGUUUUGUAUCAUACGCCUCACUGGUCAGUGAAGAGGUGUUGAACGACACUAUUGCUGAAAUUCGCAAGAACUCGCUUGCAAAGACCGAUUUCGAGAAGCGUCAGGAGGAGACUAUCAUCUCGCAGCUGAGUGAUCCAAAGUUUGCAAAUAUUCAGACUUUUUGUAUCGGUGCCCAAUUAGACGUUAGCCAAGGAGAUAGCCAGAUCAAGUUCUUCAACCCUCCGCCUGAGGGCAAGACUCGUAUCUCUCUGCUCGUCUGUCUAGAACACCCUUUGUCUCGCGGAAGCGUUCACAUCACUUCGUCUGACCCCACCCAACACCCUCGCAUAGACCCAGGCUACCUCAAGAACGGCGCCGAUGCCAAGAUCCUUGCCGAAGGCAUCAAGUGGAUGGACAAAAUAGCCAAUCAACCCGUUCUCAAGCAAUCACUCGGCGAACGCAUCCUCCCACCUCAAGGUGCAAGCAUCAAGACUGAGGGGGAGAGAGUCGAGUACGUCAGAAACCACAUCUCGACGCAGUACCAUCUGAUCGGCACUUGCACCAUGGGCGAGGUCGUCGACGACAAAUUGAAGGUCAAUGGUGUGGACAAUUUGCGUGUCAUUGAUGCAUCAGUGUUCCCGACUCAUGUGUCAGGCAAUAUCAUGGCUACUGCUUAUGCUGUUGGAGAGAAGGGUGCAGAUCUAGUCAAGGCGGAUGAUGAGAGAUUCCUGAUGAAAGUCGACUCGACGGUAGGAGCCGCUUCUAUGUGA